AUGAAGGUACCUAUCUCCAUACAAAUACCUUCAACAUCAACAGAAUCAGCUGCAAUUGAUGAUGAGUCAAACACCAAUUUUCCAUUUGAAUCAGUUUGGAGCAUCGACUUAACAGAAUCUAUAGCAGUAUCUGAAAUAUCUUCACCUGUACAUAGUCAAUAUUCGUCGUCAUCAUCUUCCUCAAUGCUUAUAAACAAAACCAUUGAAACAAAUCCAAUACAAUCCGUACCUUUUUCUCCAUCUGCUACCAAAGAAAUAAAUUCUAAAGAUCGCAUAUCUACAUCAGAAUCAUUUGGCACAUCUACUAUAACCAAAAAGUUUAAAUCCAAAGCGAAUACGGAAAUCGUUGUACCUCCAUGUGACAACUUUGCGAAGCGAAAGAAGAAUAACAUGGAUGGUUUUCUCGGACAAGCAGUACAGAUGAUGGAUAAGAUGGCUAAUACUGUUGAAAAUGUUGUGUCACACAAGCAAAUCAAACCAUCACUUCCUAAAAAUAUUGCAUUUGAAUCACUGUCUGCCACAAUUGCUACCAUAAUGGAAGAUGUUCCAAAAGAGAAGAGGACGAAAUGUUUGAUUAAGGUUUUACAAGUCAUUGAAGAAUUUAUUGAUUAA